GGCUGGGACCCAGGUGUCCGGGAAGGCCCCGCUCCCCACCCGCCCUCGACUCAAGGGCCCCGCGCCUGCGCCGCCAUCUUCAGCAGCCGGGGGAGGCCCCAGCGCAGGGACCUUCCGGUCCCGCCCCACCGCCCGGACGCCUGGGUCCCGAGACCGGCCGCUGGGGGCGCUCGAGGCACCUGUUCCCCGGGCGGCGGGAGCCCGUAAGGGGGCAGCCCGGUCCCCACCCCCCGGGCUGUGCGUGGGGCCCCGCUGUGCCGUGGGGAGCUGGGAGCAGGGCAGGGGGGUGGUGGUGGUUGCUUGGCUCUGGGAGGUUGGUGUGUGGAUUUGAGGAGAUCAACCCCCAGGCUGUGUGUGGGUCUGAGUGGUACAGAGUAGCAGCCGUGUUAGUCUGUAUUCGCAAAAAGAACAGGAGGACUUGUGGCACCUUAGAGACUCACACAUUUAUUAGAGCAGAAGCUUUCGUGAGCUACAGCUCACUUCAUCGGAUGCAUUUGUUAAUCUCUAAGGUGCCACAAGUCCUCCUGUUCUUUUUGAGUGGUGCAGGAAGGCUGUGUGACGUGAGUGUUUUACAGAUCACAACCGGUGACUGUGUAGCGUGUGUGUGUCACAGUAAGACAAGGGUCUGGCUGUGUGAUGUUGGUGUGUGUGUUACUUACAGGGGAUCACAGCCCGGGGUGUGAUCCCCUGUAAUGCGUGUGUUAGAGGAGGGCUGUGUGUGUGUUAGAGGAGGGCUGUGUGUGUGUAUGAGCAUUACAGGAGCUCACACAUGGUGUAGAGUGUGUGUGUGUGUGUUUCAGGAGCUCACACCCAGGUCCCUUCCCAGCGCCCCGGGGAGGGCAGGUGCCCCAUACAGAUGCCGUGUUCUGGCCUCGGUGUUGGCAUUGCAGCAGCUGCCCCUGCCUCCCGUUCAUUGGGUUGGGCCCUGCACACCUCAGAUGCCACCCCUGCCGGUCACAACAAAUGGUCCAAGGUGAAGCACAUCAAGGGCCUUCGGGACACCGAGCGCAGCCGGCUCUUCCAGAAGCUCGCCACGCUGCUGCGCUUUGCCCGCAAAGCAGGGGGACCCAAUCCUGAUUUCAACACCAACCUGGCCAACAUCACUGAGCAGUGCCGGGGCAUGGUCUUGACCAAAGCAUCCACUGAGGUGGUCAUCAAGGGAAGGGCCGGGUGUUCGAGUGCGUCGGACCCAGGACCUACUACCCCCAGACCUGGUGAUGGCUUGAAGGGAGGAAUGCUGGAUCGUGCUGCAGCUGGACUUGGAGCCAAUGGCAGGGGUAUGCCCCUGGGAGUAUGCUGAGGGGGUACAACAGGGGGUACACCAUCUCAUCUAGAAUGGCCUAGUUUUACAACAGCUAACAAAAAACACUCGCAAAGUCAGUACAAACUAAACUUUCAUACAGAUAAUGACUUGUUUAUACCACUCUAUAUACUAUACACUGAAAUAUAAGUACAGUA